AUGUCUAUAUCUUGUGUAAAACAUUUGAAUAAGGUUGAAAUGGAGAAACCAUUGAAACCCUUGAUUGAUGAGUUAACCGAAUGUCCUGAGAAUCAGUUGCCAGUCAAGUUAAGACAAAACUUGACUUGGGAAAGACCAAAAAGUAAUUUAUUUCAUUGGAUCCCCCUUUUGAAUAGAUUUGAUGAGGUUUUUGAACAUUAUAUUUCAGAAUAUGGUUUAGAUGAAGAAUUUACUAAAUUACGUGUGAUGAGACCUGAGCAUGCUGACAUUUUGGUUUCAUGCUUGCAAUUCACUUAUCUUUUAUUGGAACAUUGUGCCAAUAGAUCAAUUUAUUCGAGUUCUGAUCGAAUUUUCCAUUUACUCAAUACUGCUACUAUUGAUGUGAGACUACAUGCUCUUCAGGUAGCAGUAAUGCUUGGUGAAAGAUAUCUUCAAACUAACUCCUCCAAAUAUUCUUCCCCCAAGCCAGUAAAAUUGAAAGUAUUGGAAUUGGCAAAAUUCUAUCCUUUACCUAUUCCUCCAAAUUUCAACCCCAGAACAAAUAACCACCAAAAUAAAAAUGUCGAUUCAGAUGACAAAAAUAAAAAUGAGCAUUUAAGCUUACUUGAUACUAUUACAAAUAAAAAAAGAUAUCCUUCAAAAUGGAGACUGAUUCAAUUCCAAUAUUUCAAAACUGAAGUUCCUCCUCCUCAAACUCAAAAGGAAACCAAGAAGAAGAAGAAGUCAAAGAAAGAAUCGAAAAAGGAUAAUAAAUCAUUAGCAAGAGAUACAUUUCAAGAAGGUUUAGCAGACUUUACUCUUUCUGAAGAAAAUGUUCGAAAAUUGUCCUUGGAACAAAUUUAUGACAAGGCCACUGAAGUAAUUCCAAAAGAAUUUUGGUUUGAAUUUUCAUUGCAUGCUCAAGUGGUUAAAUCUUUCAAUACAAAAUCUUAUGAUUCAAUCAAUUUACGUGAACAAUUGCUUCGUACCAAGUGCUUAGCUAUUGCAUUUGUUUGUUGUUCUUGUCCAUCGGAUUUUACUGCCCCAAGAUUGUUUGAAUCCGAACCUUAUAUUUUCAGCUUUUUAACCGACUUUAUUCAACCAGAGAAUACUGACCUUGUCUCCAAGGAUGUUUAUUUCGCUGCUAUUAAAACAUUAGAAUGUAUUUCAAUGAGGAGAGUUUGGGGUAAUGAUAUAAUUAGAUGCAUGGGUGGUAACGUUAACCAUGGUACUUUAUUUCAAGUUAUUCGACACAUAAAUAAAAAAGUCCGUGAUGAAGAUGAUGACCUUUUUGAAAGAGGCUAUGGUCAUUUUUUCAAUGUGUUGGGUAAUUUAAUAGUUUUUAAAACUGCUACUCCAAGAUUAACCGCUGGUGGUAUUUUAAAUGAUUUAAUGCUGUUUUUGGAAACAAAGUCUAAGUAUAGAUGGACUUGUUCAGCAGCACUACAUAUACUCACACUUUACUUGAAUGCUGCUCCAGAGUCAUUUACGGACUUUGUAUCAAAUGAUGGUUUCAAUAAAUUGAUUAAUACUGUUAACUACGAAGUUGAUUUUGCCUUGGAAAAUCCAGGUUUUGGUGGAGGACCUCCAAAAACUGCCGUGACUUAUUAUAGUAUCACCCUCAGACAAUCAAAUUACAUUAGAAAUUUGUUAAAGCUUGUUUCACACUUAAUUCAAUCGGAAUCCGGUGAUAUUUUACGUAAUUUGUUUGAUUCUUCAAUUUUACAAAGCUUUAACAAAAUCAUUUUGAAUCCAAAAGUUUUCGGCCCUGCAAUUUUAUCUGCAACAGUUGAUGCAGUGUUUUAUAUUAUUCAUAAUGAACCUACUGCAUUUUCAAUCCUUAAUGAAGCUAACGUCAUUGAUACAAUCUUGGAUAAUUACGAUAACUUAUUUAUUCCUUCUAGCGAUUUGUUAGUAUCAUUACCAGAAGUCUUGGGAGCUAUUUGUCUCAACAAAGAAGGUUUAGAUAAAAUUAUAAAACAAGAAACUAUCUCAAAAUAUUUCAAAUCUUUCUAUGUUUUGGAACAUGCAAAACAAUUAGUCAGAUCAGACAUGUCAACCAACCUUGGAUGUUGUUUUGAUGAACUUGGAAGACACUACUCUUCCUUAAAGCCCAUAAUUAUGCGUGAAGUUGUUGCGUUAUUACAAAAUUUGUUUAAAUUUAGUAAUGAGAAACUUGAUUGCCUCCAUUUUUAUGACUCUCCAAAUGGUGCUCUAUACUUGAGUAAUGACGAAAAGCCCGAUCAAAAAUCAAAUCAUCCCCAAGAUGAUAAAGAAAUUGAUGUUUGGGAAACCUCAGAUACUGCCUAUAUUCUCGAUAAUCUUUUCUUUUUCCUAGGGGGGUUAUUGCAAGACAGUGGUCAAUGGGGUAAUGAUGCUAUAGAAUCAAUUAAAUUUGAAGUUUGGGCUGCCUUUUUAACUUUGGAUUACGUACCAUUUGAUUAUACUACUUCUAAUGGUCUUUCCAGUUUGAUGGGUGUUUUAAAAUAUUUCGAUGAUGAAGAUAGAACAUAUGGAUUCCCAGUUUUGUUCCGCAUUUUUAAGUCUCAAUUUCAAAAUCCAUUAAUUCAAGAUUUCAUGUCAUUUGAUAAUUCCAGUGUAUCGUUUUUCGAACGAUAUAAUUUUGAUCCUGUGGGUGGUACAAAAUUUUUGAAUGAAUUGAACAAACUCAAUACGCUUAUGUAUACCAUAACAGAGAUUUACAUUAACCAAUCAUUAUUAUUCCCAGAUAGAUACGUUCAAAUUGCUACUUAUUUUGGGGCAGAGGGACUAGAAGUGAUUGAUUACAUGGGGGCUAUUUUAAGAAAAUGUGCACAAGAAGAAAUAAUCAUUAGAUCCAAUGUCCCUGAGAUAGUUGCUAGAAAGACUGCUCCAGUAAUGGACGUUUCUAAUAACUAUGUUCCGGUACAAGUUUUUACGUCUAAACCAGAUUCUCAAGAAAAGGAAGACUUGUCUAUAGCCAAGUUCAAGAAUACUUUACAAAUCCGUUUUCUCACUUAUCGUAUUCAAAACCACAUAGCAACUAUAUUCGCCUCUAUAGGUCGCGUGUGUAUGAUGAGAAGACAAGAUUACAGUCAAUACAUAUUCAGAAGAAGAGCUGUCAAUAUAACAAAUAAACUUGCAACAGUUAUGACUGAGGCAAUUGAUGCUAAAGUCAGUGAAUCAAUGAAAGAGAAUUACCUCUUGAUUAUGGCAAAUAUAUUUUCUAUAGUGAUUCUUAAUAAGGAAAGAAACAAGUAUCUUGCUCAAACAUCAUUGAUCAUUGCCCUUAUCGAAUCAGGAUUCUUCUCUUCGUUGAAGGAUUCAGCAACUCAUCUUUGGAACAGAAUGUUGCAAUUAGACCCAGAUGAAGUUAAAAGUAUAGAAAAACUUGAAUAUAUCAGCUCUCAAGAUGCCAGUAUCACGAAAAAUGCGCUAAAUCAAAUUUUGUCAAUUUUUGCUAAUACAACCAGCUUUGAUUCCUAUCCUGCGUUCCCUAAUUGUGAUCUUUAUUAUCAUUAUGGGUUUGAAAAACGUGCGGAAACUCAAUUAUUGCCUUCAUUAUUAGUGGAAGUAAGAAUCGUUGCUAUUAAGUUAUUGGUUACCUGUAUGGGAAGCGACUCAAAAUUGUUCGAUCUGAGCUCAAAGUUUCACCCUGGAAAUAUCCCAACUGCUGUAAUUGAGAAAAUGAUUUCAAUUUUCAAGACCUCUUGGAAUCGAAAUCAUGAAGUCGAUUCGGAUUCUUUUAUUCCUUUACAACCAGAGAAUGUUAGCCCUUCGAGCGAUAACAUUGAACUUUUGAAAUCUCUCGGACUAGAUGAAACACAAGCUAUUCAUUUAUUCAAACAUGUUCAUUCCCUCAAGGAUUUGUGCGACACUGAAUGGCCAGAUUGUUCCGAAAUUGGAAUUUCUGAAGAAAAAUGGAAUGAGCUCAAGGGGUCGAUUGGUAAUUCAAGUGAACUUUACUCACCCAAGUCUUUUGAUUUACCUGGUUAUAAGGUAAUUGACAGGUGUAGACUGCAGAAUGCUGAAGCUUUUCAAAAGAGCUGGAUCAAGAUAGUUGGGUUGUUUCCUAAGAAUGCUGAAGAUAUCGCUGCUAUGUUCAAAUUCAUCAUUAAAGAUCUCGAUGCAACUCUUACUGAUGUCAUGGACAGUGUAAUCGACCUCUCAAAGUCUAAAAACGAAGAAGGACUCGGCGCUACGACCCAUUUACUCUGCUUACUCUUACGAAAUGGGUCCCAAAUCAAGGAUAGAUCACCAAUUUAUGAACGAUUCAAUUCCUUCUUCUUAACUCAAUUCACCCAUGCAAAUGUCAACAAAGAUUUUUUUGCAUAUGGAUUGCACAUACUUGCUCAGAUGUUGAGUUAUCGUGAUAUUCCUGAUCCUGAAGUCAGUGACUUUGACUUCGGUUCUAUGGAAAAACGACCAGCGACUUUUAAUGAUGACCAAAUGGAAGAAAUUUUUGCUUCUUUAAUUAAUCUCCAAAAUAUUAAGGAUAUCAAGUCAGCCAUUGGUAUAGGUAAGUUAUUGUUGUUGUAUUCUAAAGAUUCUAGAUAUACCUACAAAAUUACUGAAUCAACCUUAUUGAAAGAAUUGAUUCCUUUAACUAAAAUUUUUAUCGAUGAAGAGAAUAACUUACUUGAGUUUUAUCAAAAGAUUAUGAACAUUUUAUUGAGGACUUGCUACGAGACCAAGGAUGUUUUACGCACCUUAUUUUCGGCGGAGAUAAGUCAAAGUUUCGAUACUAGGACUAAAAAGGCGACCUUUCAAAUGCUUAUAGAUGAACAUUGCGAACUUAUAAUUAGAGAUCAAAACUUAUUUAUCGACGUAUUUUCUGAUCUUGUGAGGUAUUAUAAUUACGAUGGCAGUCUGAGAAACUUCAGCAACUUAACGACAAUGUUGAAGGAUGAUCUUACUAAACCAAAAUCUACUCAGAAUGACAAAACUGAACAAAAGGAUGGCGAAGGUGAUAUUGAGAUGGAAAGUGUGAAUGACAAACCCCCUGUUGAAUACAUUGGAACGAAUAACACUCCGCCUUCCACAGGUGUUGUUCAUCUCCUUUUGACAGAGUUGAUGGAGGUGAGUAAGCGCGAUUGGGUAUCAACUCCAGAGGAUGUGAAAGAAAAAGAGGCAAAUGCUAGUGAAAAAGAUAAGAAGAAAGAUAACGACAUCGUUCUUUUGAUGAAAAAUUCAAAUUUUGCCUAUUCCUGUUUUCUUUUGAAGACUAUCACUGAACUCGUUGGUUCUUUCAAACAGUCUAAGCUCGAGUUUUUGACCUUUUCAAAGAAGUUGCACCCCGAAGAUAAAUUGAAACCACGUUCUACUUCCUUGAACUUCUUGACCCAUCAACUAAUCCCAACGGAGUCACUAAUCAAGUCUAGUGGCGCCGAAUUUGAAAGAAGAAAUGCCAUCUCGUCGCUUGCAAAACUUUCUAAUUUAGCUUUGUUGUCUACCCCUGUCAUCGAAAAAGAUCAAGUCGCGGAUCCAAACAAGGAAGACGCAGAUAUGGCUGUUAUCAGGAAAUUUUAUGUUGAUGUUCUUCUGAAGAAUCUUAAGGAGGUAUUGGCUUUACCAAAGACAGCAAAUAUUCGUUACAGUAAGUUGAUUGAUAUCUUCAAUUUGGUAGGCUCACUUUUGAAUCCUAAAUUUCGCGAGCUUUCCGGCCCUCUUUUAAGUAAGAAUGCCACCAAAUAUGACACCUACUUCAUUGCGAAAGCAUUGAUUGACAAACAAGUCCCAAAUCAGUUAACUUCCAUUCUAUCUGAACUUGAUUUGAAUUUCCCACAAAUCAAUAAAAUAAUAAAGUCGGGAUUGAAGCCUAUUAACUAUAUCGGAAAAGUCAAGACAGAUUUCCAAGACUUAUUUAAAGCUGGUUACCAAGGAGAGAAAGAUGACGAAGAUAUUGUCCCAGAGGAUGUUGAUGAUCGAGAUGAGACUCCUGAUUUAUUCAAAAACUCUACCUUGGGUAUGUAUGAUGUUGACUUUGAUAGUGAGGAUGAUGAGGGUGAUUACUAUGAUGAUGAGGGUCCAUUAGAAGUAUUGAUGUCUGGCGAAGAAAUCUCAGAAAAUGAAAGCGACUUGGACUCUGAAAUGGAAGACGAAGAUGGCUUGGAUGAUGGAUACGGAGACAGUGGUCUGGAAGAUGUUGAAGGAGAUGAGGGUACUUACUCUAAUGACGAGGAUAUGGAUGAUGGUGGUAUUGAAAUUAUUGACGAAUUAGACAUACAUUCUCAUGACGAAGCUGAUAGCGAUUCUGAUGACUAUUCCGAUUCUGAUGGAAAUGAAUUUUACAGCCAAGAUGAUAAUGAGCAAGAUGAUGGAUAUGAGGAUGUUAGUGAAUAUGACGAUGACGAAUUAGAUGGCUGGAUUGAGGAAUUCGAAGAUGGUGAUGAGCCAUCCGAUGGAAGUGGAUCAGAAGCUGAAGACGACGCAGGUGCUGACCAAAGUAUCAUGCGGAUUCGUAGAAACCGUAAUGGUUCUAUUGAGCCUACCACGGAAGACGACCCUGCAGAUGCUAUGAGUGAAGAUGAUUCCGAAAUUGAAGAUCCGGAAAACUCUGACUCACUUCCAGCCUCAAGAAGACGUGCUAGAGAUUUUGCCACUUCCUUUUUCGAUGCUUUAAGGCCAGCAAUGGGAAGAACUAAUAUAGCAUCACUAUUUGGUGGUUUAUUCAGUACUGCUAAUGAUGAUUAUCAACUUUUAAGGGGAUCUAUCCAAAUUGGUGGUGAACGUGCUAACGGUAUCCCUAGAUUUGAAAAUGCUUUAGACUUUUUGCUGGGAAAUAGAAACAAGAACAAUGAUGAUCCUUUGAGCAGUAUGUACGUGAAAUCAACACGUGAACGUUGGGACGAUCUCUUCGAAAUUUUUUUCUAUCCCUUGGACAGGAAGCGCUUCUUAAGCAUUGCUCCUGCGAUUCACAACCGUAUUGCUGGUGAAAGUUUGGAUUUACUUAACAAGAGAAAGGACGAAAUGGAAACAGCUAGGAAGGAAAGAGCAGAAAAAAUGCGUAAGAAGGAGGAAGAAGAACGUGAAAGACGUGAAGAGGAAGCCAAAAAGAGAGAAGAAGAAGCUGCAGCUGCUAAUGAUAAUAAUGAGCCAACUGCUCAUGUACCAGUUAUGGUUCGUAUUGGUGAUCGUGAAGUUGACAUAGGUGGAACUGAUAUAGACCCUGAAUUUUUUGAGGCAUUACCUGAUGACAUGCGUGAAGAAGUAUUCACUCAGCAUGUCAGAGAAAGAAGAGAAAAUGCUACAAAUACUGGUACCGAUGCUCGUGAAAUUGAUCCAGAUUUCCUCGAUGCACUUCCUGAGCAGAUUCGAGAAGAAAUUUUGCAACAAGAAUCAAUGGCAAGACGCUUUUCAUCAUUUGAAGACGAAAUGAGAUUUAAUGAUAAUGAAGAUGAUGAAGAUGAUGAAGAUGAAGAUGGAGAUAUCAUUGAGCCAGAGGAGAUUGAACUUUCUCCACUUGGUGUCCCUACUUCGGGGUUGUCUAGAUCAUCUAGAAGUGAAAAUAAUAAAAAAUCGUCUAAAGUAUUUUUCACCCCACUUAUCGAACGCCCUGGUGUUGCAUCUUUAGUGAAAUUGCUCUUCAUUCCACAGCCAACUACUCAUAGAGACAGUAUUCAUCACACUUUACAAGCUUUAUGUCAUAGUAAGCAAACGAGGGUUGAGGUCAUGAAUCUCUUGAUCGGUAUUCUUCAAGAUGGUCUUCACAAUCAACGUUCAAUUGAAAAGCUUUACCAUCAAAUAACAAUAAGGGCUUCUCUCUCUAGUGGUAAGCAUAAUGUGUCCGUUGGCAACAACAAAUCUACCUCCUCACAAAUACCUAUUGGAGCAACUCCGAUUUCGGUUGGUACUCAAGUAAUUGAAGCAAUACACUAUUUGUUGGAACAUAACAACCACUUACGUUAUUAUCUAUUAACUGAACAUGAAAAUACUUUCGUCGCUAAAAACAGCUUCAAUAGAAAAAAUAAAUCAAAGCUCUCGUUAAGUAAGGAAGACAAAUAUCCAAUAAACUAUCUUUUGAAAUUGCUUGACAAUCAUACAGUUCGGGAUGAGCAAGUCUUCAUUGAUAUUUUGGCAAGAGUUUUACAUAUAGCUACUAGGCCCUUGCAGAUUUUACACAAACCAAGAAAUAGUGGCAACCCUCCUCCAUUUGCUUCACCUGUGAUUCCAGAUCAUAAUUAUCGUCAACUCAUUAAAAUAUUAACCUCCAAUGAUUGUCCUAAUACGACCUUUAGAAGAGCUAUAAGUGCUAUGCAAAGCUUGUCCAUCUUACCAAAUGCUCAACGUGUUUUCAGUAUUGAACUUUCAGAUCAAGCCACCAGUUUAGGAAAUACCAUUAUAAAUGAUCUCAAAGCAUUAACUAAAGAAUUGGCUGAUGCAAAUGAUUACAAUACCGAAAGCAAGUCGUUUGCUAAAUUUAGCGCUUCAAGCUCUGAUCAAGCUAAAUUACUUCGAAUUUUGACUGCUUUGGACUACAUGUUUGAAUCAAAAGAAAAAGAAAAGGACAAAGAAGAUCAACCCAAACCCGACAGUGAAAGUGCUAUUGUGGAUGAUGAGGAAGAAACUCCCAAGCCUGCACAAGCAUUUGCUUUUAGAAGAAUGAGUAUCGAUGAGAUUGAAGAAUUAACUGGCUUAUAUAAAAGGUUAGCUUUAGGUACCUUAUGGGAUGCCUUGAGUGACUGCUUAAGAAUUAUGGAAGAUAAGCAAGGAAUGGCGAAUGUCUCCACUGCAUUACUACCUUUGAUUGAAGCACUUAUGGUUGUUUGUAAACAUAGUAAAGUGAAAGAAAUUCAAAUCAAGGAUGUUGUUAAAUUUGAAGCAAAGAAAAUUGAUUUUACCAAAGAACCAAUUGAAAGCUUAUUCUUUUCAUUUACCGAUGAACAUAAGAAAAUCUUAAAUUACAUGGUUAGAACAAAUCCAAAUUUAAUGAGCGGACCAUUUGGUAUGUUAGUGAGAAAUCCCAGAGUUUUAGAGUUUGAUAAUAAAAAGAAUUUCUUUGACAGACAACUUCAUCAAAACAAGAAUGCAAAUAAUAAGUUAGCGGUUAAUAUUCGUCGUGACCAAGUAUUCCUUGACUCCUAUAGAGCAUUAUUUUUCAAAUCAAGAGAUGAAUUCCGUGAUUCUAAAUUAGAUAUUAAUUUCAAAGGUGAAUCUGGUAUUGAUGCUGGUGGUGUUACUAGAGAAUGGUAUCAAGUAUUAUCAAGACAAAUGUUCAAUCCUGACUAUGCAUUAUUCACACCAGUUGCUUCAGAUGAAACUACAUUCCAUCCUAACAGAACCUCAUAUAUUAAUCCAGAGCAUUUAUCAUUUUUCAAAUUUAUUGGUAGAAUCAUUGGUAAGGCGAUUUAUGAUGGAAGUUAUUUAGAUUGUCAUUUCAGUAGGGCAGUUUAUAAAAGAAUUUUAGGUAAGCAAGUAUCAUUAAAGGACAUGGAGAAUUUAGAUUUAGAAUACUUUAAAUCUUUAAUGUGGAUGCUUGAGAAUGAUAUUACUGAUGUUAUAACUGAAGACUUUCUGGUUGAAACUGAUGAUUAUGGGGAACAUAAGAUUAUUGAUUUAGUACCAAAUGGACGUAAUAUUCCAGUGACUGAAGAAAAUAAGAAUGAAUAUGUUAAAUUAGUUGUUGAAUAUAGAUUAACCACCUCAGUUAGUGAACAAAUGGACAAUUUUAUUAGUGGAUUUCAUGAAAUUAUUCCAAAGGAUUUAGUAUCAAUAUUUGGAGAACAGGAAUUAGAAUUGUUGAUAAGUGGAUUACCAGAUAUUAACGUUGAUGAUUGGAAGAAUAAUACCACAUAUAAUAAUUAUUCUCCAUCGUCAAUUCAAAUACAAUGGUUUUGGAGAGCAAUUAAAUCUUUUGAUAAUGAAGAAAGAGCCAAAUUAUUACAAUUUGCCACGGGUACAUCUAAAGUACCAUUAAAUGGUUUCAAAGAAUUAAGUGGAGCCAAUGGUACUUGUAAAUUUAGCAUUCAUAGAGAUUAUGGAUCAACCGAUAGAUUACCAUCGUCGCAUACAUGUUUUAACCAAAUUGAUUUACCGGCCUAUGAGACCUACGAGACAUUGAGAGGAUCGUUGUUAUUAGCAUUUACAGAAGGACAUGAAGGAUUUGGAUUAGCAUAAAAUAAAUAUUUAAUUAUAACAUAUAUAUAUAUAUAUAUAAUAGUAUAAAUGAAUCUAG